AUGAGCAAUAAUAACUUCUACCAGUAUUACACGAACGAUCAAGAAGGUCAUCCUGAUGCCGAUCAGCAUGAGGACCCUGGCAGGAACGAGUACGAACAAUACAACAACGAAACAUACCAAAUGAACAUACAUAGACCACCUCCACCAUCACAAAUACCGCAAGGAAGCGUUGAUUCAUUUGGUCCUGUACAGCCGCUACAAUUUUCAGAUGAUCAGACGCAUCAGCAGUACCAACAUGAAAGGCAUGAUACUAAUGAUUACGCAAGUUUCAUUAAUGCUCGACCAAACCAAGCAACUGAACUUUCAAGUGUUCCAUAUAACGAUGUAUUUGUAUCUAACAAUAACCACCAUGCCAACACUACUAAUGGUACAGCAGCAUACCAACUACCUUCUAUUAAUAUUAUUCAGACAACUCCAGAUUUAACACAUGCUUCAAGCAUGAACCAGAUAGGCUCCCAAUUACAACCUGCGCAAUAUAAUAAUUCCACAAUGAAUCCACAAAAUGCUAACACGUAUUUCAAUGAUGAUGAAUACUAUUAUCACAACCAAAAUAGUAGCAAUAACCAUUCACCAAGCAUAAACUCCAGUAUAGACCAUUUUGUACCAAACCAAGACGAUACGAGGCCUAUAUUACCUCCAGUAAACAAUAAUAUAAUAUUUAAUGAGGAUCCCAUGAAAAGUUAUUCUCAAGAUGAAAUAAACAAUGAUCCAGAGGGGUACUAUAUCGAUAUGAACGGGGAAGAUUAUCCAAUCAAUUCAUAUUUGAAUAACAACGAUGAGAUUGUAGACCCGUACAAUCGUCCUCUCUCAGAUGUCUCAACCUCAAACAAAAACCUAAGUCCCAGUUUAUCACACAGAGAUCUCGGUGAAUAUGACGAAGAGGAUGAUCUCAACACCUUAGAUAAGGUCCACCUAACUACAUCAUCUCGAACAUCAUUCACAUCAUCCGUCUCUCAAAAUUCAGAAUCCAACCUCCUUUCUACAUCACAACAACCAAAUAAAUGGUUACCUAAACGUACAGGCACAGAAGUUCGUCGCUUUAAAUUAUGGCACGGUAAUUUUAUCUUCGAUUCACCCAUUAGUAAAGUACUUUUGAAUAAUUACUCCAAGGCCCAAUCAAACCUUACCAAUGAAUUCAAAUUCAUGAGAUACCAAGCCGUUACAUGUGAACCAACAAUGUUAGCCCAGGAAAAUUUUACAGUAAGACAAUUGAAGUACAUGACUAUUAGACCUACUGAAUUAUUAAUAGUCAUAACAAUGUACAAUGAAGACCACAUUCUACUGGGGAGAACUUUGAAAGGUGUCAUGGAUAAUGUUAGGUGCAUGAUCAAGAAAAACCAUUCUCAUAUUUGGGGGGCAGAUGCAUGGAAGAAAAUCGUUGUUUGUGUCGUCUCUGAUGGUAGAUCCAAGAUUAAUGAAAAAUCUCUUGCAUUAAUGAGUUCAUUAGGGUGUUAUCAAGAUGGGUUUGCCAAGGAUCAAAUUAAUGAUAAGAAUGUACAAAUGCAUGUCUACGAGCAUACCACAUUAUGUAACAUUACCAAUGUGAGUGAGGAAAAGGGUGUUGAAUUAGAAUGUAAUCAAACAACCGUCCCCAUCCAAUUAAUGUUCUGUCUAAAGGAACAAAACCAAAAGAAAAUUAAUUCUCAUAGAUGGGCAUUCGAAGGGUUUGCAGAAUUGUUACAACCUAAUGUCGUUACUUUACUAGACGCCGGUACUAUGCCUGGUAAGGAUUCUAUUUACCAGUUAUGGCGUGAAUUCCGUAAUCCAACCGUAGGUGGCGCAUGUGGUGAAAUCAAAGCUGAUUUGGGGAAAAAUUUCGUGAAGCUGUUGAAUCCGUUAGUAGCAUCCCAAAAUUUUGAAUACAAGAUGUCUAAUAUAUUAGAUAAAACCACUGAAUCAAAUUUUGGUUUUAUUACAGUCUUGCCUGGUGCAUUUUCUGCGUACCGAUUUUCUGCUGUUAGAGGUGAGCCAUUGGAAAAAUAUUUCUAUGGUGAAAAAGUGGAAAGUGAAGGUAUUCACUUCUUCUCCUCUAAUAUGUACUUAGCUGAAGAUCGUAUCCUUUGUUUUGAGAUUGUUACCAAGAAGAAUUGUAAUUGGAUAUUGAAAUAUUCAAAAAGUGCCUUCGCAUCGACAGAUGUUCCUGAAAGUGUCCCAGAAUUUAUUCUUCAGAGGAGGAGAUGGUUGAAUGGGUCAUUUUUUGCAAGUGUUUAUUCAUUCUGCCAUUUUUAUAAAAUAUGGACUAGUGGUCACAGUAUAGGAAGAAAGUUCAUGCUAAACAUUGAAUUCAUUUACUUGUUUUUUAACACUUUGCUGUCAUGGUUUUCAUUAAGCUCAUUCUUUUUAGUGUUUAGAAUAUUAACACUAUCCAUUGCAAUCUCUUACCAUUCUGCUUUCAAUAUAUUAUCUGUUGUGUUUCUAUGGUUAUAUGGUGUUUCCAUCUUAUCGACUUUCAUUCUAUCUCUAGGUAAUAAACCAAAGAGUACCGAGAAAUUCUACAUUCUUUCCUGUCUGUUCUUCGCCGUGUUAAUGAUCUACAUGACCUUUUGUAGUUUGUUCAUGAGUGUAAAAUCUUUUGAAGGUAUGCUUGAUGAAGAACAUUUAUCCUUUAAGGGGUUAAUCCUUACCGAAGCAUUCAGAGACAUGAUUAUCUCCAUGGCUUCCACCUACUGUCUCUAUUUGUUAAGCUCCCUGAUUUAUUUACAACCAUGGCAUAUGUUGACAAGUUUUAUACAAUAUAUGCUAUUGAGUCCCUCUUAUAUCAAUGUGUUGAACAUCUACGCGUUUUGUAAUGUGCAUGAUAUUUCCUGGGGGACCAAAGGUUCUGUGGCUAAGCCAUUGGGUAAGAUUAACUCUAAAGAGGAUGGUACUUUCCAAAUGGAGAUUCUUGUUUCUAGUAAUGAAAUCCAGGCAAAUUAUGACAAAUAUAUGAACAUCUUAUCGCGGACAAAAGAGGAAGAUGAGCAAGAAAAUACUGGUCCUAAUGAAGCCGCUAUUGAAGAGAAGAAAACAGGUUACUAUGCUAAUGUCAGAUCGUUAGUUAUCAUCUUUUGGAUAAUGACAAAUUUUGCCAUUAUUGCAGCAGUCCUGAAUACCGGUGGUAUUGGUGACUACUUGGCUUUGAGGAAGGCAGGAGAUAAUACAGAUUUACAUCAGGAAGCUGAAAUACAUUUGUUGUCACCAAAGGCAACUAUAUAUUUUACCGUUAUUCUUUGGUUGGUCGCUUUAUCUGCGGCCAUUCGUUUCAUCGGGUGUACGGUAUAUCUCUGUGCAAGAUUGAUUAGGAAAUUAACAUUCAGAUGA